AGAGCACAUAAGGCAAACGCAACCGCAUUAACUUCCAUAUAAUAUAAUAUAUUAUCAACCCACGUCUGUUUUUUUACAUUUUUGGAAGAAUAUGGCAGUUUUUUUUUGUUAACAAUAACUAAGUCAAUAUGCAGAGCCAUUAGUGCAAUUUAAGAGGAUAUAUUAGCCAUUAUUUUUUCUGCAGUUAUCUUUCCAAUUACUUUGAACUGUUAGUAAAUGCAACUCUACAAAAAAAUUUAAUCAUUUUGCAACACUACAUUUUGACAUAUUUGGGCGCCCUGACAGUAUAACAUACGAUAAGUUUGCAGUUGUCAAAAUUUCGGUGGUACGGUGCAAAUGUAUUAUAAAUAAUGUGGAAAAUGUAAAUAAUAAAAUUAAUAUAUUUACAAAGUAUAUAAAAUUGAAAUAUUUAAGUGAUUAAUCUAUCGAUAAAAGUGAAAUAUCAUAAAAAUUUUUAUUUUAUUUUGUGAAAAUUUAAUAAUUUGUUCACAGCUGCUAAACAUCAGCGGUCGUCGUAAUGUGUGUUCUGAAACCUGUGAGUUAACGUAUGUAGAUGUGCUUGUGUGUAUUUUAUGUUUAUUUUUGGAUGUAAAUAUACACCAAACAAAUCAACUUCAUCAAAAAUAUUUAAUGAAAAUAUUUUAAACGCGCUGUGUUGUUACAUUUAAUCCGUUUUUAAAAAUUAAUAAAUUUACUAUAACUCCAAAUAAAAAAGCAUCGAGGUGGAUAAUUUCUAUCUAAGAAUGGAUCCUUCGCGUGGAGACUCGCGCUAUAAUUUAAAUUACUCGAUGAGUAGUAUUGGAUUGUCUUUAGCCGAUCAAGCAGAUAUGUACGGGAACCCAACUGCUUUAGGAGGCAGACCUCCGAGCACGGGUAUUUUACAAGGCAUUAGUGGAGUUGGAGGAGGUCCUGCUGGAGGACUUUUACCCCGUUCUGCUGGAAAUCUUAUGUCAAAUACACAAUGCCAAUCUUUAGGCAGCAACAACACUAGUGGUCACAGUGGCAACCAACAAAGAGGUUUAAAAAGGGCCGGAUCUGAUUGCUAUGAAGAAUCCCAUCAUCGUGUUAGUGCCGGUAGUAUUACAUCUCUUCAAGGCCUGGAUGCUUGUGGGAGCACGUCAAAUGUACAACACAAUAGCCAGCAGCAACCACAAUCAAGUAGCGGUAGUGUACAAGAUAUUGUGGAUGAAAGUUAUAACAUACAGAGCAAAAAGUCCCCUCCGGCUAAUGGUAAAAAAACGAAAGGUCGAGUCAAAAUAAAAAUGGAAUAUAUUGAUAACAAAUUGAGACGUUAUACAACGUUUUCAAAACGUAAAACAGGAAUAAUGAAAAAGAUGGCUCUUCCUCUCCUGCUCAAUCCGCUGAUAAAGUUCGCAUAAAUUGAUAGGAGUUAA